CGCGCCUUGGUGUUUACUUUUCCCUUUCUCCACACAUCCAGCAUGGAUGGUGUCGCUGGCCGACGAGCAUCCUGUUAGCAGGGUCCCAGUGGUGGCAGGGCAUGGCACGCCAUGGCAGCUAUAAGCGGGCCAACCACGUCAGCAGCAGCGGUCGCCGACGGGAGUGCGCCCUGCUGCAGCGGCUCAUCACGCUGCCCAGAGCCGACCCCCGUGGUGACGCCAGUCAUGCCAGCCCCCAUUAGAGCAGGCGGGGGCCACGGGGACCAGAGGCUCGUCUCAGCAGCCAGGGAUGGAGACUUCAAGAAGAUCCGUCGACUGCUACAGAAACACAGGGUCAAUGUCAACGCCCGUGAUCCAUCUACAGGGAACACUGCUCUCAUGGUGGCAUCUUUGGUCCAAGACCCUGAUGCCAUGAGUGAGCUGCUGCAGCACGGGGCUGACCCGACGCUGCACAGCUACACAGGUCAGAACUGCCUCGACUCCCUGCCGGCCUCCCUGGUGCACCUGGUGCUUGGCUUUCCCGACUACCUGCUCAAGGAGAGCCCCCACCGAAGCAAUGAGGAGCGACGGCUCCUGCUUGCCGCAUGGAGCGGCCAGCGGGACGAGGUCCAACACCUGUUGUCCCAGACAGGGAAUGGGGGCCUCGACAUCAACUGCACCAAUGCGGAAGGCUCUACACCUCUGGUGCUCGUGUGCCGGGACCUGGCCACUUUCCAGGAACUUGCCUCUGCAGGCGUGCUACGCUCGUAUGACCCCCUAGGCGUGAUACGGGUCCUUCUCGACCAUGGCAUACUCAUCCACCGUGACGUCAACCAUCAGGACCGGCAGGGCAGGACUGCCCUGCACUAUGCCUCCCACACGUGCUGCGAGCACACGGCACCCGUCAUUUCCCUCCUUCUUCAGAACGAGGCAAAAGUUGACAUCAAGGACAAGCACGGCUUCUCGCCACUUCAUUUUGCGAGUCAAGCUGGCUCGGUGGAUGCCAUACAGCUUCUCCUGGACGCUGGGGCUGAUCCGAGUGCCACAGGCCUUGGAGGCAUUGCACCACUUCACCUUGCUGCAUCAGCGGGCAAGAUAGCUGCAGUGCGGCUACUCCUGGAGCGCGGCGCUGACGUUCUGAGCUUUGCCCAGGAUGGCAAGUCGCCCCUCUGCUGUGCGGGCAGCACUGAUGUGUACAGUGUGCUGAGGAGAGCCGUCGAGAGCGCCCUCUGUGAGAGAGCAGACAAGCUUCGGCUCACACCUCUGGAGCACGAAAAACGAAAACUGGGUCAACUCAUCUUGCAGUCAAGGAACGUAACUGCACCAGGAGAACAGAGCUCACCGGGCAGUUCUACUGCCAAGGAGGAAGGCUCCAGCAGUAGUGACAAGGAGCCGAGCGAGCCAGAGGCGGAGGCAGUGCUGAAGACGAAAGCUAGCAGCAGCUCACACUCCGUCCUCCGCGGAGGAGACCCGUCGCUGUCUGCGUUUCGUCGUUACCAGCCACCAAACCUGCCUUCCCAUCACAUUCCGGGCUGGCGGCAGAAGUCGUCUCACGGCGGCUCCCACUUCAUCCCCGUGCGACCGCGCGACCAUUCGUCCGAUGACGAGCUACGACACGGAUGGUGUGCCGAAGGCACACUUGAAAACAACAGCUAUCAUCGGCAAAAGACAAUGCCUUCAAACACACCCUUGGAGCUUCCCUUAGAUCCACACUCUGCUGCGUCCGUUGUUGUCGAGGCCAAGAACGGCAUAAACUCUGCGUCAGAAAGUGAAAAAAAGGUUGAGGAGAACAUCUUAGAGGCGCGGACAGAGAGUCCACUUGCGGAGUCGGCUCGAACGGCAGCUUGGGUCUUUGGGGGCAGCACUGAAAAUGUGGUGCUGAAGGAGAUGUAUGCAAAAGUGCGCCCCAAGCAUCGAGGAGGACCAGGAGGAGGAGUUGGUGGCAGCAGCGGUGGUGGAGGUGGUGGCGGAGGUGGUAAUGGUGACAGCUGUGACUCUGAAUCUGGAGAUGACGAGCUCAAGCAAUCUGCAUCACGGAAGCGACCCUCUGCAGUAGCACAAAGGCGGAAAAAGACGCAGCACUACGCGAAGAAUUAUCACCUCAGCCGACUCAAACUGCGGCCCGAACUGGCAGGCCGUAGCAUACCAGACGUGGCGGCCACUGUGCCACCAAAAACCAUUUCCGCAGGGCGGCAGCAGUCGGACGUGUCGCUGGGGGCUGCAGAGGAUGCCGCCCAGCAGAAGGUACCUGCCACAUCGUCCGCAUUGGCGACGGCAGCGGCACCUGUGCAGCCCAAGUUUUCGCUGAUCACGAAGAGCAAGGAAGGCAGCCACCUGCGACCCAAUGGAUCGCGCAUGCCAGUGCCAAGCACCAGGGGACUUAUGAGCAAGUUCUUGCCGCCUUGGGUGACACGUGAUGAUGUGUCGUCACACCUGUCGUCCGCAUCUUGGGUCUACUUGCCCUCCCUUUCACCAGAGGAAGGCGGAGACGAGCCUCGGUUGUCGCUGCCACGAAAGGAAGAGAUCCCCGAAGUGGCCAAGCCCAGCGAGCCUGCGGCAACGACGUCAUCCACAACGGCAGCAAAAUCAGUCCGUCCCGAGGGAACACACACGUUGACCUGUGGCAAGCGGGGGAGCAGUGGUGGGACAGAGGGUUCUGCAUUCCACACGGUCAGCGCCAAGGGGAAAGGUUCGGCGGCUUGUCAGCACGCGCCACCAGAGCAGCCACGUGCGCUCGUGCCGCCGCUGCCCAAGAACCUCAGCGACAUCCCUGCAUUUCCCUCGGGACCCCCAUUUCCCUGGAUCAAGGGAAAGCUCAUUGGCAAAGGGGCAUUCGGCCUGGUAUGGUGCGGCCUGCGCAAGUCCGGUGGGGAGCUGGUGGCCGUCAAGCAGUUUCAGCUGGGUGGGGCCGACGUGCUGUCGGCCGUUCAGCUAGAGGUCGACAUUCUGCAGUCACUCAAGCACCCCAACAUCGUUGGCUUCCUCGGCGUGCAGCAGGAAGAGGCACUCGUCAACCUGUUCCUCGAGUUUGUCUCCGGCGGGAGCCUCGCUGCCAACCUGGCCCAAUUUGGGGCCUUCCCCGAGACAGUGGUGCGUCGAUACGGACGGCAGCUCCUCCAGGCUCUAGCCUACCUGCACCAACGAAAUGUCAUCCAUCGAGACAUCAAGGGUAAUAAUGUUAUGGUCUGUCCUGGAACGGGCACCAUCAAGCUUAUCGACUUCGGGUGCGCCACGUUUGAGCCUUCGUCAGCGGACUGUGAGGGACUGGUGGCCAGUGCCAGAGGCACGCCCUACUGGAUGGCGCCGGAGGUCAUCUGCCAGGAAGAAUGCUCGCACAAGUCAGACGUCUGGAGUGUCGGUUGCACUGUGAUUGAGAUGUUCCAGACAAAGCCUCCUUGGUACGAGCUUUCUCCCCUGGCUGCAGCCUUUGCCAUUGGACAGGGUACGAGUGACCCAAAAUUUCCGGACCAGAUCAGUCCUGAUGCCCGAGACUUCAUUCUCACCUGCCUUAAGAGGUGCCCCGGUGAGCGACCAACAGCGGAGGAACUGCUGACGCACCGCUUUCUUCAGACUGGAGCCAUAGAGGACCUCUAACAGAAGGGUGAAACACAUCCAAGGCUUCACUUCCAGCCUUACGGAGUCUUUGAGACACUUUGCAACUUUAGCCACCGGGCAGGACACAAUCGCUUUUCUUUUUCCUUGAAAACAUUGUCUGCACUCACCGUAGCUGCACUCACUGUCCACAAACAUCAGGACAUUGUCAAAUAGCGCAGCUGUGCCGUGGAGGCAUCGGUGUUUGCACUAUUCCGGACGGUGCGUGUCGAGUUGCAUUUGGCAGGUCAAGAGUAGAAGCCGGUCACCUGCCCAAACAGAGAGAGUGUGUGUGUGUGAGAGAGGGGGAGGCUGUUAAACCUUAAUGUAACUUGUACCUGUUGCCAAUGGCAUGUUAUCGACGUAGAGCUCACAUACGGUUUAGUUAUCUUUUUUUCCCCCUAUUCUCGGUGCACUGGUAACCCAAAUAACACUUUUUGCUCAGGUAAAUGGCAGCCUCUGCUAUCUCAAUGGCCAAAACGAACCUGGAAAGCUCCCAUUGCAUCGAGUCAAACAGUGAUGUUCCAAAAAAAAAAGUUGUAAUUUAGGUUUGUUGUUUGAGUGUUUUACAAAUUUAGUAUUGUUCCUUUUUUUAUGUAUACAGAGACAAGCAUAUAUAUUUAUUUCUAUUUAAGAGAUCUUUUCUUUGAAGCUGAAACGAAUGUACAUAUGUGUUAAAAGCUGGCUGCUCUCUUCUUCCUUCGUGUUGUCUAGUUAACUGCUGUUGAUGCAUAGGCUCUACUGUAAACAAGGAUGCUUUAGGUUUAUCGAAGUAACCACCGCUUGUUACUAACUGCAGGCAGCAACUUCCAGAAGGAAAUAUUUGGUUUACAGAAGGAAACCUAACAGUGCAAGAUUGGUAGGAUGGUUUUUCAGCUCACAAUAUACUUCAGUUGUUUGCUCACGACAUGCACAAACAUUAAACGCAUUAACAAAGGACAGAGAGUAGCUAGUUAGGCAGCCAUUUUGUUGCAGAUAUGAACUUUCAACAAAGUACAUUUGUGUACAUGCUGACCCCUGCUCAUCGAAUGUCAUGUGCAAUCUUGUCUUUGAACAAUCGUGCUCUCAAAACCUUUACCUGAAAACAGACUUGUAACUCAUGCUGCUACACCUUCGGUUCACCAUGGCACAUGUGAUAAUUAGCUGCCAUAAAAACCUGUUUGCAACACGGAAUUUCUGUACUGUUUCUAGUGCCUAACUGUUAAUGGUGGAAGUGUGCUGGUCUUAGCUAACAUGAUAAAGUAUCCCUAGGCUAGCACAAUACACAUACCUGGGCCUAUGACUGGUUUGCACAAAGUUUUCAAGCCAAUCAUUAAGUCCGAUUGCCAUAAUAUCCAGAAUCACUGCCUCAUUACAUCGGAGAACACAGCUCAUUAAGAAGAGCAGGGAGAAUGUAUUGGUCUAUAGCCAAAUGUGUGAAAAAUGACCAAGACUGAACAAUGACUGAUAUGCUUCAGUAAAUGUUUCCCAGUGGCAUGGAGCUAUAUCAGUGUGUCAGCAGAUCAUCAAGUCUAAAGCUGAUGGGCAGUGACUCUGAAUAUUCUGGUAGUUAGCUUGUUUUUUUUUUUUUUUUUUUUUUGAGUGCUUAGUAGCUUGUAGUGGAGUGCUAAUGGAAAACACACAGAACCAUCUACAAAGAUAGCUAAAAGAAUUUAACAGCUUGUGCAUUGUGUGAGAUUAACAAUCACUGUCAAUACUAUAUUGAAUAGGGGGGCAUUGAAGGGUGUGCAAUUUCCUUUUUUUACUGUCAAUAUAAAAAGAGCUUAGUCUUGAAAUUUCUCUUCCUUGCAACCAAUAGCUCAUAUGUAGUGCACUACUUCCAGAGACUUAAUAUAAUAUUGGUAUGUUUGUUGCAUAACUUCAAGAAAAAGUUUGGAAGGCUGAUCGCUCUAUUCAUACAUAUACCUUGAUUCAGUGCUUCUCCUCCGCUCUGCUAAAUAGAGGACAGUGCCAUCUCUCAAAUGAUGAAGUAGUCACAGUGUGCUUCUAUAAAUCUCAUGAGCAGUUACAGAAUUCUGUGAGUCAUUUCGUAAUGGCACACUUUUAGCAUUUGCUCAGAGGCACUGGGGUGGAGGAGCGUUACUGAAGCAACUCCUCAUCACGGGAAUCGCCGAAGAGCAGUCUUAAAGUGCACUGACCCCUUGUGAAGGGGUGUUCUUCAAGCAGCUCCUCAAUCAACAUAGAAAUCACUGAGGAGGGGUUUUGGAAGUGCAGUAACCACUCAGUGAAAGAUGUUUCUCUAGCAACUCGUCACAGGAAUCGCAAGGAGCAUUCUUGAAGCACAGUAACCACUCAAUUAAACAGUGGCAUUUCCCUUUGCAUGCUGAAGUCGAGUAGGAGUGUCGAGACAUGUUUUUGACUGGAGUGGUGAAACUCUGGGAGAACUGACUAGGCUCAGGGUUAUGAACAAGGGAAGGGCCUCAGUCCAUUGCCACCAUUUUCUGACAAGACAACUUGUCACAUUCAGAGCAGCAGGGUUCAUCAUUGGCACUGGCCUCAUGUGUGCUUCUCACUACAUCUAUGGAAGAAGGUGCCCUCUUGCGGUGCAUGGAGUGGAAAAAGUGAUAAGCUAUGAUAGUGCUUGUGGUAUUUGUGGGUGGCAUAAAGGUUUCUUGUCACUGGAAGAAUUGGGGUUUCAAAGGGAGUUCUUUUUUUUUUCUCCAGGCACUUCUAGCAUCAAAAACACAUAAAGGGGGUACAGACGUCUUUAUAGAAAGAAAAGGGCGGUUUAGGUUCUUAUGAUUAACGGCAAGUUGACAACAAACAAGUUUGGAGGAAACCAUGUUCUAGGCCCAUUACUCCCUUUCCCCCCCCACUAAGAUAAGCCCAGAUUAAUGCACAGGCUGUUGUAUCAGACAGGAUCACUGAUCUUGAGUUGCAUUCAGGUUUUUAAGGCAUGCUAACAUCAAAGUUGUGCUUGUCAUCCUCAAGCAGCUUCAGCAGAAGUUUACAUGUUGCGGAAGCAAAAGAUGCUGCGAAGUGUUUUUUUCCAUGCUGCUGGUACAGGAGUAAGAUAUACAUUACACUCGGAAUGAUGUUAUCAGCAUUGUCGUACACAGACAGACCGUAAUGAGAGUCAGUGAAAAGGGUUGUUCCCUGUAAAUAACGCAACACGAGCAAAAUAAAAAAUUAUCUUCUGCGAGACUACCACUGCUAUUGUUGCAAGCAGCGCUGACAUGAGAGCUAGAGGCUGGAGUUGCACUGGCUCACUACCAGCUUAUACUUUUCGUGACUGAAGUUAUCUAAAGUGGGAUGGACAUGGCUGACAAGUGCUGCAAAAAUACACAUUUCUUUUUUUCCCAUUUUCCAGACUUCGAAUUUACACACACAAGUACAGCAGAUCAAUCGCUGGAAGUUUAAUGGUAGAAGACAGUGUCAUAUCCCAAGUGAUAAAAAGUGAAACAGACGUCUCCCUAGGUGUAUAUAUAUAUGUCUUAUAUACAAAAACUUAUGCACUUGUGACUGCAUAUUUGCGUAGGCUCUGGUUCUAUGACAUGAAAUAGCCAUACUCUGACCACACAGUUCUAAACAGUGCAAUAAAACGUGUAGCUUUAGACUGUCCAGUCAUGAAAGGACCUUUAAGCACUUACCGCUCCCGGUUUUCCCAUAUAAUUAUUUAUUUUUAUUUGUUGGACAUAUUUUGUGACGUGUGCUUUCCUUCUUCAAUGCACAAAAUUAUUGACUCUAUGGUUGUUGGGUCAAUAAGACCGUUAGCUGGAGGUCGAAGAUGUUCCGCUGUCACACACAUUGUUGCAAGCUUGCUGAUUAGCCACAUUCUGCCAGGUGCAAAGCAUUCAGAGCCAAAGCAUUGAGCAUUGUUACAAACUGGGCAAUGUCUCUUAUUUUCAAUAAAAUUCAAUCUUCUAUUCCAAUAAAAGUGCUGGUGAAGUUUGUUAGAAAUUAUCUGGACAUCUAUAAUCUCUUGAUUAUCUCCUGUCUUGCAACAGUAGAAGGAAUCAUGGGGCAUAACUUUCAGGUCGCUCUUGUUUCCAAGAUUUCUGGAUAUGAACAAAUGCUGCAGUUCAUGCCACAUGAAGAUUUGCCCAUGAAAUGGUGCUCAUCUGCAGCAUAGAAAAGAAUACGCCUUUAUUUUCCCUAAGGGUUAAGAAAGCUUAAACACCAAUUAGGAAGAAUCAUCACAAGUGAUCAUUCACGCAGUACUCAGUGAUAGCAACGAUCCCAUAUUCACUCAUCAGCGAUACUUAUCCCCCUGCUCUUAACCCCUUGAUUAACACGAAAGCUGGUGCUUCAUGUCUGAAAUGAGAAUGCUGACAUAAGGUUCUAUUGAAGACCGGUAGGGUCCAGAUUCAUGUUGACUUCUCGCUUUAGAUGUAACACGAAACAGAGAGAAUUUAGCCUCAUACAUGUUGUCAGUGAAUUCCUUACCAUGCAUUUUGCCCACCAUGCUCAGUGUUUCUAUAAAGAAUGCUCGUAAAUGACUUGUCCCUAGAUUUGUCAGGUGUUAAAGAGACACCAUUGUGGAGGGCUGCAGACUAAUUUUAACUGCCUGACGCUGUUUAAUGCACACCUAUUUGUAAUACGUGUGCAAGCAUUUUUGCCUCAAUUCAAAUGCAGCUGCCGCAGCCAGAUAUCGAGCAUGUGACCUUGCACUCUGCAGUAGAAUACUGUAACCACAUAGUAAUCGUGGCAGGUAGGCGUAAAUGAAUGAUUUGAACCCACGUUAGCUGCCAACUGCUUUGGAAACAGGCAGUUUCCCUGCCUGUUUCCCUGCCUGCCUGCCUGCCUACCUGAAAGAUGAGGGGACAGUUGUACGUCACCAAAACUGGACAUCACCAAAAUGACAUAAAAAUACCUUGCAAAGACAAAUUCAUCUGUUUGACACUGAAGCUUGCAUCUCUUACAACAAAUUUCCCGGCAUGCAUUGCUUGGCCUUUGGUGUAUGAUGACUUUGUUUUCAUGAAAGAUUUUGAAAGGGGUCUUGGACAUUCUCGUAUUCUUGUGAAGCACUGCCAUAGCAUGUGUACUAGGAGCUUUCUUGUGCAUGUAGUCAGCUGUCAAACUCCCUGGUAAUGAAACCAGUGCAAGUCGAGCCUCAGUGCAUCUGAUGUAUGAAAUCUUCCAUACCAAGUUUGUGUUGUAAUGCAUGUACGUAUUAUCCUGCCUGCUGCCAUUUAGAGCAGGCAUCGUCAUUUGUUGCUCCUACACCCCGUAUACGUCUCGGCGAUCAAAUAAAGUGCGUGCAAGUCAAGCAUGCAUAUGCGGACACCAUGUGAUGGUGAAAAAAAAAAAGGAAGUUUUGAGUGGGGCUCUGUACAUAUGUAAACACGACUCCCCUUUGUGUGAUAAUGCCCCGUAGUCUAACCAGAAAGUUAGCAGCAAAAGUGCAGUGAGAACUGAUUUUUGGUGCCGACGUUCUGAAGACUGGGUGUGGAUUGAGAACCCGCUUCCGCAUGGAGACAACAGCGAUUCUGCGCUUGUGAGAAAAGUCGUCGGUAGAUGUUGCAAGCAGUUGUUUGGGAAUUGUUGUUGUGCUAAAGGAAAGGUCUAUGUUUGAGCUGAAGACUGUGCAUUGCUUGCGUUUGUCACGGAAAUGUCUAUAUACAUAUAAAGGAGGGGAUUGGGGAGGGAUUGAAACUUAUUUUGUCACUGCUGCAUCCAUGCAGAUCUGCAAGCAACAAAUACUCGUCUUUCUGCCAUUGGCUCUUGGAACAAAUUGGCGCUCUGCGCUGCCUACAAUGUAAGAAAAAAAUUAUUAGUUCACGUUAUCAAAUAAAGAAGUCUAGUAUGCUA